AUGUCUUCCAACGCUCAAAUCAACACCCCACUACCACCCGCCCCAGCCCCAAAGAAGGAAUCCAAUUUCCUGAUUGAUUUCCUCAUGGGUGGUGUCAGUGCCGCCGUCGCCAAGACCGCUGCUUCCCCCAUUGAAAGAGUGAAACUUUUGAUUCAAAACCAAGAUGAAAUGUUGAAGCAAGGAACUCUAGACAGAAAAUACGGUGGUAUCGUGGAAUGUUUCAAGAGAACCGCCCAACAAGAAGGUAUCAUCUCUUUCUGGAGAGGUAACACCGCUAACGUUAUCCGUUAUUUCCCAACUCAAGCUUUGAAUUUCGCUUUCAAGGACAAAAUCAAGGCCAUGUUCGGUUUCAAGAAAGAAGAAGGUUACGGUAAAUGGUUCGCCGGUAAUUUGGCAUCCGGUGGUGCUGCCGGUGCUUUGUCAUUGAUGUUUGUCUACUCUUUGGAUUACGCAAGAACUAGAUUGGCUGCUGACUCUAAAUCCUCCAAGAAGGGUGGUGCUCGUCAAUUCAACGGGUUGGUCGAUGUUUACAAGAAGACUUUGAAAUCUGAUGGUAUCGCUGGUCUUUACAGAGGUUUCUUGCCUUCUGUUGUUGGUAUUGUUGUUUACAGAGGUCUAUACUUUGGUUUGUACGAUUCCUUGAAGCCUGUAUUGUUGACUGGUUCUUUGGAAGGUUCGUUCUUGGCUUCAUUCUUGUUAGGUUGGGUUGUUACUACUGGUGCUUCCACAUGUUCUUACCCAUUGGAUACCGUUAGAAGAAGAAUGAUGAUGACUUCCGGUCAAGCUAUUAAGUACGACGGUGCCUUUGACUGUAUGAGAAAGAUUAUCGCCGCCGAAGGUGUUUCUUCUCUAUUCAAGGGUUGCGGUGCUAACAUCUUGAGAGGUGUUGCCGGUGCUGGUGUUAUUUCAAUGUACGAUCAACUACAAAUGAUUUUGUUCGGUAAGAAAUUUAAAUAA